AUGUCGGAUCAACGCAUUUUCUCGAGAUAUAAGGCUUACGAGAUCCGUGCUGAGCUGCAACAGGGAAAUGUCAAAAAGCAUCGGGCAUCAGCAGCAAAACGGAAGAAUGCCUUGAAGAAAAUCAUAGCCAACAUAACAAUGGGAUUUGCUUCUGAGAUGGUCGCUCUUUUUCCCGAUGUGUUGGAAUUUUGGCAAAUUGACGAUAAUAUGGAAGUGAAGCGAAUCUGUCAUCAAUACUUGGUAGCCAUGGCCCAAAGUAAAUCUAACUACUUUGAAGAUGCUUUGCGACUUGUUGUGGGUGACCUCACGUCUGGAUCUGAACGGCUGCAAACUUUGGCGCUCCGAACUCUAGUAGCGGUUCCUUUGGAUUCAUACAUGGACGAAUGCCGUAACGCCGUGGUCACAAUUCUGCACAGAAGCUCGAGUUCCGAACAAGUCAAAAAAACGGCACUCUACGCCGCUGCCAAGCUAGUAAAUUACGAUACCUCACGAGCUUCACCCUUAGUAGAGCUUUUGAGUGAUGUACUGAAUAACCACAGAGAAAGACCGGCAGUACGUGCAAAUGCACUUUAUUUGCUACACGAGAUUCAAGAAACCACUACAACCCUUCGAAAUUUUACUGUGAGCUUCGAUACAUGCGCUGAUAUGCUUGAGUUACUGACGAAACUCAAUGAAUGGGACUCCGCUCGUGUAGUCGAUUCACUAACUGGAUCUUACGUUCCCGAGAGUCAUUCAGACGCUCAUUAUAUGAUUGAAAAGUCAGUCUCUCAAUUGCAACAUAAUAAUACGUCGGUGGUCAUGAAUGCAUUCAAGUUUGUUCUGUACUUAACCAACUACGUUGAUUUUUUGACCGAGCGUCUUCUCAAGCAAUUGUCGGGAUCUAUGGUCUCAUUACUCAAUAAACCUGCUGAGCUUCAAUUUCUGGUUCUACGAAACAUUAUCCUUUUGUUGCUAGGUAAAGAAAAGCCCGUCUUGACGAUUGACAUUUCGUACUUCUUCGUUGAAUUCAACGAUCCAAUCUACAUUAAAGAUACGAAGCUGGAAAUUCUGUAUCUUUUGGCUAAAGAAGAUAAUCUCUCACAGAUCUUACAAGAGUUAAAGGAGUACGCCACAGAUAUUGAUAUUCAGAUGUCUCGAAAAGCUAUCAGGGCGGUCGGAAACCUAACCGUGAAACUUGAGCAAUCUGCUGACGAGUGUAUAGGGCUACUUUUGGAACUUCUAGACUUCGAGGUUGAGUACAUUGUACAGGAAAUCGUGUCCGUAUUCAAAAACGUGUUGAGAAGGUACCCAGAGAAGUAUGAUCUUUGUCUCGAAAAGCUGGUACGUUUUACUGAUUGGGUACAAGAGCCGGAAUCGCGCGGGUCUAUGAUUUGGAUCAUAACCCAGAAUUACAAUCAUCUCCCGAAUUAUCUUGAGUUGUUCCAGUUAUUUGCAAACAAUUUCCUCGAAGAAGUUCUUGAAGUCCAAUUUGUCAUACUGGGCUCAGCUGUCAGGCUUUUUACCAGAAAUCCUACUUCAGUGACGGAAAAGCUCUGUGUUGAUAUCCUCAAAAAUGCAACUGAAAGAGUCGACGAUCCUGACUUGAGGGACAGAGCUUUUGUUUACUGGAGACUUUUGUCUUUUGCUCAGAACAACCUGGAUGGUAAAAUAGGUAUGGAUGCUGCGAGGGAAAUAAUCGACGGAACUUUGCCACCCAUAGCCCUGAAUACUCAGCUCGAUCCUCAAAUCGUCGAAGAAUUGGAACUUAACAUUGGUACCAUUGCAUCCAUCUAUUUGAAACCUGUGAACCAAGUCUUCAGGCUUAAUAAACCCAAGCAUUUACCAAAAAGUCCUGCACUUAAUGAGAGCCGAGAGCCUCUUGAAGUCAUUGCCGAAGACUCGAGGAGCCGGUCAUCAAGCUUCAUUACCGACAGUUCCCAGCCAGAGUUCCGGCGACAGUCCUCAUCACCCGUCAAAAAGAUGGACGAUUAUGAUAGACCAGCAGAGACGAUCAACCCACUCAAGGAUAGAAGAAAAAGCAGUAGCCCAAGUUUCAACCUUACAAGGAAACCUUCGAUGCUGGCUCGGAAGCUGUCUUUGAGAAGGCCGUUUUCUUAA